GAGGGCGAUGGAGGACUUUCGCCCUCCACGCCAGGAUGUGUGUGGGGUUGGAUAAUAACCACACACACCAGGCCGUCCCGGGUUCUCUUCUUCCCAAGCGCUGCUGUUGCUUUCCGCGACUGACCGGAAGGACUUGCCAUCAAGCAUCCUGGAGCUCGACACGUGAUGUCAUCAAACUCGGAGAAGCACAGAGCCUUCAUCUCGGAGCCCAUGGGAGAUAAACCCGUGACGGAUUUACCCGGAAUUGGUCCGACACUCGGUUCUCGCCUCCAGAAAGAAGGACUGGACAAGGCAUACAAGUUGCUGGGCCAGUACCUACAGAUGGGCAAGAAAGAGGAGAGUUUUAAGAAGAAGCUCAAGGACACGUUUGGAGCCGACGACGAGCAGGCGUCUGCGUGCUACGCGUGCCUGAAGGAAUGGUCCAACAAUCACCUGUAGCCAUGUGACCGUGGGGAGGUCACUCAGCUACAGGUGUUUUCUCCUUCAGCCCUGCACGGACACUGGGUUGCAUGACGUGCGAUCACCUCACUCCAAUGGACAACCAUCAACUUGAGUUGGCCCGAUCUCAACCAGAACUCGAGUCGGUUAACAAGCGGUUGGCGUUUACAUGAUUUCCGGAGUUCAGAAGUGGAUCUGGCAUGGUCCAAUAAUCUAAAGAUUUUUUAAAUAGGGCUCCCACAUUAAUAACCAAAAAAAGUCAAUGUAUAUUCCCCGUGAAUACCAAUUAAUGAAAUACCAAUUUUCGCCCCCUGCCCCUCCACCGUCGAUCUGCCACUGUCAGCGCUGUUAAAGUAAUGUGAGUGGAGCUGGGUUUCCCCAGGAAUUUGUACUUGUGCUCGGCCCAAAUUCGGUGGUGAGUGUGACAUCUGAAUCGAUCGCAGUGAGCAGCGUGGUGGUGAAGUAUGGUUAAUUAACUACCGUUACAGCAGUGAAUUGGCAAAUUGUGAUAAGUUAUUAUUUUCAUACACCGAAUGUAUUCAUAUGGAGCGCAUAAAUUCCACAGCUCAACGAUUUUCACUAAAUAUAUAUUUUCCAGUAUUGCUUGUGGUGUUUUGGAAAAAAUAGUACUUGUGAAUUAAUUUCUCUCGUAUUCUCAUUCACCGGAUGGAAUGAGUGAUGCAAUCAGUGCACGUGCAGGUGCGAGGUGGAUUGGCGCAUCUCAGGGCUGUGAGACAUGGCGGUGAUAGACUCCCUUGAGUCCAUCUAGCAGUAGAUAGAAAAUAUCUGUUUAUGGUAAUGAUGAUGAUGUACCACAAGGUGGCGAGCGCUGUUCACAAUUAAGAAAAAUCGUGUACAGCCACUUGAGGGCGCCAGAGAUUAAGGGUGAAGUGAAUGGUUUCGAGGUGGCCUGGUCGAGGCAUGUGAGACAUGAUGUGGUUAGGGCAAUAAGAAUGAGUUUGGUGGAGAGAAACAGACGCAGUAGGUGGACUCAGAACUGCAGUGCCACUCAACCCCAUCAUGAGCAAUUGAAUUGAACCAGUGCUUGGGAUUCCAUAACUUUGUACACGUGCAUGAGCAGCCCAUGUUGUCAAUCAACUGCUGGAUUAGGGACUUGCCCACGUCGUGUGGGUCAUGGAGGUUAUGUGACCACGCUUGGUUCAGUGUGGGUUGGUGCAGGCCGGAAGCAGAGACAUGCGAACGAGUUGGUGAAACUGACGGUUGUUGGAGCGUCACGGUCGGGAGAUGUUAACGACCUCGCCUCGUAUAGAGGUCGUGGGUUCGAUUCCGACCUUGACGUCUGUAUAUUUGGAGUUUGCAUGUUCUUCCCUUGGUCGCGUGGAUUUUUCUCCGGCUCCUUCGGUUUUUUUCUUUCCACAUUUAGAAACAUGCGUUAAGAGUAAUUUGGCUGCUAUUCAUUUCCACAUGAUAAGCCACUUCGUUGAGCUAUCAUUUGUGGCCAGGUCGUUUCUGAAAAAGAGCUAUAUAGCUCAGUGGGCCUUACCUGGUACAAAUGAAAAUAGGAAUAGUUUAAAUAGUUUUCUGUAUGUAUGUUUAACUUCUUUCUCACCGUACGUAGCCAACCGUGCUAAUCGGGGGGGCAUUGCCAUCUGCUGUUCACCUUGUAGCCACGCAGCCUUCAUUGUGGGAAAUAAAAAAAAUGUUUGCAUCGCUCAAAACGCACGGCAAUUGUCGCCAAACCUUGUACAUGUUUUCACCUUUGCCUCUCCCCACAGCACAUCCCACACACUGUUUACAACCAUUUUUGAAACGCCCAUAAUGCUUUGCGCAAAACAACCAGAUGUCACAAUCCACAUCGCACAUUUUCAGCUGCAAUCUCCAUUUGCUUUUCGAUGAUGUCGAACCUUGAACAAACGUAAUUCAAUACAGUACUUUGUUUAUAAACACGUGAUAGCCCAUUUGGCACGAAAAUAUCUCGUUCAAGUGCAAGUGAUUCCAUUGCAUAUGGCACAACACUCAAUAUAAAUAGAAUUAUCCAUACAUUCUGAUGAAGGACCUUCCCAACAAAGGGUCUUGCAACUCAUGAAUAUUGAACGCCUCCUUUUUACAUGGAACUAUGUUUUCUCCAGUCUUUUAACCCAUUCCACCUGGGUCUGCCCCUUGACCUGCUGGCAAGCCGUAGCCAUGCCACGUGUCUGCAAGGUGCACCGAGCUCUGCACAAGGGCAAUGUGAUGUGAAGGCCAUUUAGUGAUGAACGGGGACUCAUCUUUGUGUCCUGUGCGUUGGCUGUGUUUGCACUGUGUGUUGUGUAGAUCUGGGGAUAUCCCGUUGUUUAAGAAAUCGAUUGCUCGACAAAUGAUCGGUUUUGCUUCGGUUCCCACACGUGCCCCGAGAACGGGAGGUGAUAAUGGGCCGGAUUUGGUGAUGUCAUUGGCAUCAUUGGGAGAGGUCCAAGACCGAUUGAAACAUCACUCGCCACUCACUGAUGAUGACCGUGGCCGCGAAUCGAAUUCAAGUCGCCAGGUUCAUAGCACAAUGCGCUAACCACUGCAUUGGAUUUUCGCUGUACCCCUCAUAGAAGAAGAAGAAGGCGUUUUGUUUUGAAAAUCUCAAUCUCAUCUGUUCCCAUGUGACCUCGGAUAACGCUCCUUAUCCUAUGGAGUUUAUUUAAAAGCGUUUGUCGUAAAACGUAAUUUACGUCUUUUGCAAGUCAUCACUCACGCAGCCCAGUUGUGUUUGAAUAAUCAAACCAAUUCCAAGUGCGUACGCCGCUUCUCCGCUCUCGACGCUGAUCCAGCGGUAGAGAUUCCACUUUCUUGUAUCGGGGAUCGGUCUGUCCAAGCAAGAACCGCUUUUGACUUUUCACAAAGCAAAGAGAUACUAAUGCAAUUUGUGAGAACUGUUUCCAGUGGGGGGAACCCCCCCUACCUACAAAGUGGACGUUAUAUAAUCUGAACUGUAUUGUAUUGUACACUUUGAGUCUGCGUAUUGUGCAAGAUGUACAUUAUCUGUACGCGUGGCUCGUGCGUUCGUGUGGAGCGCACGCACGGGUUAAAUCCCCACGUGACCCGUGCGGGUAGCAGCACGGGGUUUGCUCUGCUAGAACCAGAACACAUCGCCAGCACGACACGCCAGCAUUUCCUCCGGCCCAACGCACAGACACAAGCGCUCAACACCUCAUCUGCCCACCAGCCCGACCAGCUGCCCAACGCCAGUUCUAUUUGGGGUGAAAAGACCGGGUUGGCAAAUUUAGCCGGGGAGUCGAACCUCGAUGGCUCUGGCUCGCUGGUCAGGGCUAGGUUGAGGCCAGUUAGCUCCUGGCUCGUGACCAGAGCCACGUACGCACGCGUGAGGGAUCUGGUUAAAGCCAUUCAUGGUAGUAUUUGGGUUAUUCUACCUCCCAUGUAUGGAAUUGUGGAUGCACCCGAGAUGCCCUCCUCUCCGUAAUGGUCAGAGGUGUUUAGCGUUGCAUUGCGUGUCCUGUGCCACUGCGGCAGUGUCCUGUAACUUGCUUGUUUUGUAAAAGUUCUACAUAUUCCCAUGCA